UUCACGUGAUACUGUGUUAUGAUAACAACUAAUUGAUACUUGAUAUAUGGGAAUUUAACUAAUUAUUAAUUACUGGAUAAUGUUAACAUAGAUGGCAUUACUUGCUUCUUUAGUUCAAACAAUAAUUUAGCAUAUUUUAUUGCUUUUCUGAAAAUGGAGAACAAUGGGUAAAAGAAAAACAAAUACGUCAACAGAAGAUGAGAUACCAGAGAAGGUUGCCUGCAGUGAUGUUGAAAGACUUCAGGAGGAUGAAGACGAAGAUCUACCAAAUCCAUUUACAUCUGUUAAAAAGCAACCCAGUGAUUUUAAGGAAGGCGACUUGGUCUUUGCCAAGUUCGAAAAAUAUCCGUUCUGGCCAGCUGUUUUUUACAAAUAUAUGAAGAGAAGAAAAAGAAAGCCACCAUACGCAUUAGUUCAUUUCUUUGAAAGUGCAACUGAAGACAACACCAAUAAAAAAGUAUAUAAAAUUUCUCUUUCAAAGUUAAAAUCAUACACAUGCGAGGAACGGGAUGAGUUCAUUAAGGCUGGUGAAUCCGAAUCUGAUUUUAACUAUGGAAUGGAGAAAUGUGGUGAUUAUUUAACGAAGCGCGCAUUGGGAAAAAUUACAGAUUUCUUUUACGCCGUUGACGAAGAAGAGGAUGAUAAAGAUGAGGAUGAAGAGGGUGAUAAUCAGGAGCAGAAGAGUGAAAAUGACUUGGACGAAGCUAAAAAUAAUGAAUCCGAAGAUGUUUCACAAGAGAUUAAAUCGACACAAAUGAGUCCAAUAAAAGCUAUCAUGUCGUAUGAUUCGAACCACAGAUCGAGAAGAAACGCAAGUUCUUGUAAUAAACAACUGUUGGAGUGGGUGAAACAGUCCAGCAAGCCAUUUCUUUUCGCUGUUACACGUGGUGAGCAAACUUCUAACAGACAUUCAACAUUUAUUAAAGGAACACAAAAAGAAAAAGAUCGGUUAAAAUGGUCAUCCGGGUUCGGACCACUUGAUGAAGACCAGUCUGACGACCUUCUACGCAUGCUGGUCACGUGGUAUCAGAAAGAAUUUCCAGAAAGUAGCUUUAAUCCGAUCACGUACGUCUCCGAAGUUUGGUUACCCGAGGCUAUCAUUCGUGGAAUAGCGAAAACACAGCAGAUUUCGUUAAGUGAAGCAGAACUCAAAUAUCUGAAAUGAAAGAAGGUUUUUAUCUCUAAAAAAACUGUAAAUAAAACUUUGUUAGUAGGUAGAUAUAGUUAUAAAUUUUUUUAGGAUUUCAAGUAGAAAUAGAAUUUUAAAAAUAAAGAUUGUAUAUUUAAAAAAA